UUUUAUUGACAGACUUCUUUUACAUUCAUAUGAAGUAUUGGCAGACUUAUUUUUAUUGACAGACUUCUUUUACAUUCAUAUGAUGGAGAGGAUUUUGGAUGACGGUGGCCAAGCUUUCCAGUGCCAGAUCUGUCUGGAAGUUGCUUACAAGCCUGUUGUUCAAGCCUGCGGUCAUGUCUUCUGCUUUUGGUGUCUUCACAGAGCAAUGAAUCGUCUGGACACAUCACAUUGCCCUGUCUGCAGGAGUUCAUAUCAGCAUCUGCCCAGAGUGUGUGAGUUGCUUCAUUACCUUCUUUUGAAAGCAUUUCCGAAGGAAUAUAAGGAAAGGGCUGAAGAGAUCUUAGAAUGGGAGACAAAAAUGGGUACUUUCUCUCCUCAAUUGGACACACUGGAUUUGAAUGGUCAAGAAAAUGAGGUCUUAGAAUUGGAAAAAGAAGAAGGUACACUCUUUUCUCAAUUGGGUCCUCUGGAUUUGAAUGGUCAAGCAAAUGAGAUCUUAGAAUUGGAGAAAGAACAAGGUACCCUCCCUUCUCAAUUGGGUACUCUGGAUUCUAAUGGUGAAGAAAAUAGGGUCUUAGAAUUGGAGAAAGGAGGAGGUACCUUCUCUUCUCAAUUGGGUACUCUGGAUUCUAAUGAUCAAGCAAAUGGAGCCUUAGAAUUGGAGAAAGAAAAGGGCAACUUCUCUUCUCAACUGGGUACUCUGGAUUUGAAUGAUCAAGCAAGUGCAGGAACUUCUAUUUUAGAAUGCAAAAUUAGGGUAAGUGAUGCCUUGUGUGCCCAUUGCAAAGAACUAAUAUAUCAUCCCACAGUACUCAAUUGUGGGCAUGCAUUCUGUGUAUCAUGCGUUGAUUGUAAUGUCUUUCAAGGAACAACUUUUAAAUGCCAAGUUUGUCAAAGCUUGCACCCUGCAAAAUCAUGGGCUGUUUGUCUGGAGCUGCAUCAUUUCUUACACAACAUGUUCACUGUGGAAUAUGCAGAGAGAGAGAAAUCAAUUCUUGUGCAAAAUAAACAGCCUAAGGAGGAGUCCCCAUCUGAUGAGAUAGCAGAGACUUCAAGCCAAAUGGGAACAGUUAUUCAUGUAGGUAUUGGAUGUGAUAACUGUGGAUUAUAUCCUCUUAUGGGAAAGAGGUAUAGAUGUAAAGAUUGUAUGGAGUCUGUGGGAUUUGAUUUGUGUGAAACAUGUUAUCAGUCUCAGGCAGGUGCAUGCAUUGUUGGUAGGUUUAAUCAACACCAUAGAGCAGAGCAUCAGAUUGAGGCGGUUGCAGAGAGAAGGCCACAAGGAGUUAUAGGACAGUUUAUCUUAUAACCAUAACCAUAAUUAGUUUUAAUGGUCUGAAAUUUCUCAAAAAGUCAUCUAUACAUAAUAGGUAUUCCUCAGAAGUGUAAUCUUCUUUCUUGUUAUAAGGUUAAAUAGAAUUUAGAUUGUUUUGUUCGCAGUCCAAUACAAUAUUGAAGUUAGGUAGGGGAGCCAUGGAGAGCUGUGCUGUAUUUAUCUUUAUGUUUCAAAUGUCUCUAAAACUGUUUCCAAAUAUGAGAAGCAGCAAUUUUUCAAAGAUAACUCAAUUUGAAAGUAAAUUGGAUU